CCAAAGCAAAGAGGCGGUCCGUGUGUAUAAAACCACCACUCUCACAUGCAGCUCAUCCAGCAUCAGUCUACAUCCAGACGGAUCUACAUCUCACCAACCAAACCAAACCAAACCAACCAUGCACCUGAGCGCGUACGACUCGUGCCAUUCCGUGCUCGUCCUUUGCAUCCUCCUGAGGAGUUGCCAAGCCUUCAAGAACGACGCCACGGAGCUCCUGUUCUCGCAUGUGAGCGCGCCGGCUCCGGUGCCGGAGGUUCAGAGCAACGUGACCCUGAACCGUGCACGGCACGGCGGGAGAGGAGCGGCCAACGCGGCGCACGACAGAGGCGACCGAAGCCAGAUCGGCUGCAGAGAGCUGAGGUCCACUAAGUAUAUCUCCGACGGCCACUGCACCAGCAUCAACCCCAUCAAGGAGCUGGUGUGCACCGGCGAGUGUCUCCCAGCUCAGAUGCUUCAAAACUGGAUCGGCGGCUCCUACAGCAGGAAGCUCUGGGGUCGCCGGAGCAGCAACCAGGACUGGCGAUGCGUCAACGACAAGACCCGCACCCAGCGCAUCCAGCUGCAGUGUCAGGACGGCAGCACGAGAACGUACAAAAUCACCGUGGUCACCUCGUGCAAGUGCAAGAGGUACUCGAGGCAACACAACGAAUCGGGCAACAAGUUCGAGGAGCCGGCUGUGUCAACGCCGCACCUGCUGCACAAGCACAAGUCCAAGAGCAAGAGGAGGCUGGGGAAGAACCGGCUGAACGGGAACUGGCACGAGACUGAACCCUGAGAGCCGGCAGGCGUGCAGACAGACUCUGAAUCCACAUGAACCUACAGGAGUUUUGUCUCUGUGAUACUGAGACACGACGUGCAGAGCCGUGGAUUAUCUCUCAAUGUGACUGGGACUUGAUUUAGGUGACGCUGGUUCCUCACUAUGAUGGAGAGCUCCAAAGGGCAUGCUAAGGACUUUUUAUUUGACAUUUGACUCCACGUGGUUAAAGAUAAUGUGAACAGAACUGUACAGUCUGCAGAGCAAACCCACAUUGUCCCAGUACCCACGUGCACGUGUACCCAUCGGCACCAACACCAGUAAACGACACCAAACAUCUCAAAAUAUCCCGUGUAAAUACUUGUACAUAUAUCAAAUUCUUACUUGCCUUUUUGAAGUAUGGCCAUGUGUAUAAAUUUUUUUUACUAUGUAAGAUUUAUGAUGUAUGAUGUAAUAUAUUCCCUGUGGCAAUAUAUAAUAUGAUAAGUUUUGCUUAAGUGGCAUCAGCAUGUGGGUGAAAUCUCAAAGCUUUUCAUCAAUCUGUCCUGUAAUAACUUUAUAUGAAAUAAAUAUCACUUUUUAUCA